ACAGAAUACGAGUGACCUUGAUCCGGAUGAAAGUCUCGACACUGUCAAGGAUCUCGAUGAUAUACAGUUCACACCUCCACUUGUCACCAGUACCCCUCAGCACUCCUUGAAGAUGUCUGUCAACUCCCAAUUCCAAUCAAAUUCGGAGAUGCAACAGGCUAUGAGAGAUCUAGAUAGUUAUGAACAUUCUCCAACAUCAGUCGACUCCUCUCGCGUUGCAAGAUCGAAUUUUAACGAAUCCACUGUUGGCGUUGAACAAUCUCAAAUUUCAGACUCAUUGCGAUCUGGGCGCCAGGUAGCCACAUCCAACCUCUUAACACCUGGUCAUGCAGAGGAUACUCAUUCAGAUACGGUGCAAAGCCGGCACCUUGUCACAGACGAGCAUGAUCGUGAACACGAGUGGAAUAAGAGGCAUCCCAAAUCUAAUGCAACAUCGACGGGCACAAAACACCGGCAUUCCUUACAUAGCUCUUCAGGAAUAGGCUCCGAAUACCGACCUUUAUCCAGGAAUGGAGCUUCGACGUAUAUCGACGAUGAUGAAGCUUUGGUGACCUCUCAGAACAAUCAUCAACAAUCGUCAAAAUCAAAAGAAAAAGGAAAGGAUAUCGAAGCGGUACACGCUCUGAAUAAAGGACGCUCGACCGCGCGGCCGUUGUCUAUGCCCAAUCCUUCCCUUCUUUCUCCUUUAGAACCUGCUCGUGCAACAAGUUCCUCGUCCAGACCUGACUCCCGACUUUCGGCAUCAUCAACUCAAUCGUCAUUUCGCGGCCAUCAUUCUCGAUCCUCUUCGCGCGCUAGUUCCUCUGCUGGAUCCCUUUUCAGCUCAAACCCUGACAUUGAUACGGAGAAAGUAGAAAUUGAUCAUGAAAGGGAAAGGAAUUGGAAUGCCCCGAGGCCACUCUGGCAUCAGCAUCCCUCUUCGCCGAACCAUCGGCCAUCAUCAAGUUCAAGUGUCGGGCAGCAUUCUCUUUCAACGGAGCGUGUUCGAACACUCAGUUUUCCCAGUCGGCCCGACUCGAGGUUGUCCAUUUCAUCUCCUCGCCCCGGUCACCAGCGUCAAGAUUCGUACGAUUCUCUUCGAUCGUCUUCUCGCGCAUCUUCUCGUGCAAGUUCGCCCCGAGGAUCCUUGCGGGGUUCAAGCAGUAUUGAUGGCGAUGAAGAGCUUUUGCAUGAGCAGGAGAGAAAUUGGAAUUCACCCAGACCACACCAUUUCAGGUCCAGUUCCUCGGCACUCAAUCAUCCAUCCCCUUCAAAUACCUUAAAGCGCACUCAAAGCUUGACUAAGAAGAUACCAUUUUCCCCAUCUUCCUCUACAUCGUCUAGUCAUUUUUCGAUGGAUACAUCUGCAAGUGCAAGACGGCGCGCAGAGAGCUUGAAAUCAACCAGGGCUCCUUCGGUGCAUUCCUCUUCCCCCGUACUUCUCAAGGAAUCUUCAAAACAUAGGACUUCCUUGUCCCCUUUUUCAUCCGUGUCUACGAAACUAUCCGCACCCUCAUCAUCGUCUCGUCCGUAUGAUUACCCUUCCCGCCCUCACUCUCCACUCCCACUUAUCAAUAGCAAUGCUAGCCUCGAUCAGCUUAAUGUUGGUCACACUUCAGUACUCCCUUCUCCAUCGUUUAAUUCUAAGUCCCAAAGUACCCCUUCUCCGAACUCACUCAAAUCGCUUUCGCGUACGGUCCCUUUACCUUCUCCGAGUGUUUUACAACGAAAUUCAGGCGUGAGAUCUAGUCAAAUACCCGUCCGCACAUCUCCCGAAACGAAAACCACGGGAACUGUCCUUUUUCCAGAAUCAAGGACUGAAUUUCCUGUUAUCCAGGAGUUGCAGGAGCUUCCACAGCAGAUUCCUGAUACCCAUUCAGAGUUGGUGGAAGAUGGAAACAAUGACAAGGCAAACAGUGAUUCUACUGAUACUGACACCGAGGCCGAAGAAAGCAACCAACUUGUCCAGGAGAACACGCCCACUCUGAGACCAAACGGGGCUUUGCCGUCGAUUGAAGCCCCAGAUCCUGUAGAAGCUUCUUCUGCUUAUGUCUCUUUUGAAACUGGAGCAAGCCUUCAAAAAAUUAUUGCAUCACCUCCUUCGCCACCUCUAUCUUCGCCAUCUGAUGGUCCUUCAACUCCUGAAGCCGAGGUCUCAUUCUCUUUUCCCUCCACUCCCCCCAGGAGAGACUCCCGUAACCCGACGAAGCUAGAAUUUCAAACACCUUCGCCACCGAAGAACCUUCCAGACCUUCCGGACCCUCCCUCAGAUUCUUCAGACCACGAAGACCACGAAUAUCCUGCUCCCAUCAAAGGAAAUCUAUCCAGUCUUAAAACACCAAAGCCACCAGGUGCUUGGACUGCGACCCCUCUGCCUCCCCGAACGCACGCGCUUUUGCGGUCGAAUUCUCUUCCAACAGACGAUGAGAAUGAUAGCGGACUAGCCACCCCUGCCGCUUCCCUUUCCAGGGCCGCGACGAUGCCUCCGCGAACACCUGCUUUACCUGGAGGAUGGAUGAAUACUCCUGCCAAUCGAAAAAGCGUUCGUUUCCACGAAGAGACAGCAGCCGGCUCUUUGAAAGCUGAAACUGUCGCACCGAAGGUGGAAGAAGCGGUCCAUGCAGUUGUCAAAUCCUUAGGUUCAUCCCCCAACUCCAAGGUUGGUACUACCGGCGAUGAUAAUCGUCAGACCUCGCCUUCACUGGCUCACAGUCCACGCAAAGCAACUACCAUCCGAGUAGUUGAUGCCUUCGGACGAGAAGAAAAGAAGGGGAUCUCUGACAGUAUUCGUAUCGUUGAUGCUAUGGGGCAGAUAGUAGUAGAAGAUUCAAUGGAGUCGGGCUCUUCCAUUGUGCCAGGUAUUCCUCCUACCCGUCAAAAGGCUCUGGAGCAUGUCCGCAAUGGGCUGCAUGAACUAGUCGAAGAGAUGAACGAUGAGGAAGGACUCGUACAUGUCACUACCUCGGAAAUUUCUCGAGAACGUAUUCGAAAGCUUGAACAGGAAUCUAGAGAGGCUCGUGAAUCUCGAGCGCACCUCGCAUCUAAACUAUUUUCCAAUGUGGAAAACAUCCAAAAGAAGCUCGCCCCCUUACGUGCCAGCAUGCAGCAAACCACACCUGUCGCUACACCUCCCUUUGAUCGACGUCCAACCGGAUGGUCUUGGCUUUUAUGGGCACUUCUACAACUAUUAAUCGUCUUUGCGAUGUACAGAGUUGCUUCUUCCUAUGCAAAGAAGAUCUUCUUUACGACAUACUAUGACCCACUCUAUCCAGACCUUUUUUUCUACACGUCAUCGCCAACGAAUUACUGCACUUCACCAUCGGUUUUCGAGACACUUCAAAGUGAGGGCUUGAGGGCAGCUGCUCGCCAAGUCUUUGAAUACAUGGCUAUCAUUUUUUCCUCAUGGCAACCACCCUGCCAAUGGCAGGGUUCCUACCAAGGAUCCACUGCCAUUUGGCCGCCAACCUAGCCUUUUACCUAUGAUUAUCCAUAGUUUGUUUAUGAUGUUACAUGUAAUGUUGUUUCCCUACUAUUAACCCAGCCUAUGGGAAUGAAUAUACACAGUUCUCCAGUGGA